AUGGCCGAACCCCCGCCCAAACGCGCACGCCUCAUGCCUCCCGAAGGCUUCACGAAGACUAAGCCCAAGCAACCAGUAGCCCAGCCACCGGCUACGUUCCAAUCGGAUUUCGUUCAACCGGCGCCUAUCUCUGCUAAGAAUGCUCAAUCUACGGUCAUCAAUACCACGGAACCGUACGGAAAACCGUACGGAAAGGAUUGUCCUCCAUUGAGACCGCCCAGCACGACGAAGACGAAGGACACGCCUAUUCGAGCGCCACAACCUUUACGUGCGCCUGAUUUCGGCCAGCGGCCAGCACCUCAAACGCCUCCUGCCGAUUUGACCUCUCGUGCGCGUGCACUCAAACUCGCGGAAGCAUCUGGAUCUGGAUCUUCAUCCAUCGUCAAGACCACAUUCACGACAAAGCUCAACGUCCGCUCGCCGCUGGAUCCUCCGCUACGGCGAGUUCCGAAAGUACAGACGCCACAUCUCCAUCUCGACUCACCGCUCACGCCUAUCGGAGAAACUUCGCGUACUGCUUCACCGGCUGAACGCAGAGCGCUUGCGCCUCCCCCGCCACCGCGCCCAUCUUCUCCCACGCCUCUGCAAGUGCCCGUGCCACCACGCCCUCCAGAAACACCCGCUCGAAAACCGAUGUCGCAUAAGACGACCUCCGCUGCGAAGCUUUUGGAGUCUAUGCGGAAGAAGGUGACACCGACGCCUGCCGUCCCAUUACCCGGACCGCCCACUCUUCCAGCGGCUAUGCCUCCGCCACCGAUGCAGCCGCUCAAUACUAUCCAUCAACCUCGUCCGUCAUCGCCGGAGAAGGAGAUUGCGAAGAACGUCUCCAUUACCUCUACACGUAUCGCGCUCGCGACGGAUCUCACUACGGCAGGAGGCUCGGCAGAGCUGUUCGGUGUGAUGCUUGGAGCGUCGGGGAGGGAGCUGAGAAGUGCGGGAGAGAAAGAGCUCGCGAGAGGGUUGGAGAUUACUCCGACGAAACCCAAGUCGCGGAGAGGUGGUGUUGGGAAGGGCGUUGAGCGAGAGAAGCUGGCAAAUCGCGCACGGUCGAUCUACGAGAGCAGGAGGCUGAAGAAGACGCUUGACCAGCAUGCCAAGGUUGACGCAUUGGGCCCACCGAAGUAUAUGUGGAGGGUUCUUGAAGUCGUCCACCCUUCAUCGACUCGUUCAGGAGUUGACAAAGGAUUCCCGUCAGGAGGGCGGGAGAAUGAAGGCAAUGCCAUGCUCAUUCGCUGCGUGAAGGACGAUGCUCAGGCGGAAGAGAUGGAGGAAACGAUGGCGUUGCUAUCAGCAUGCGUGGCGCGGGUGAUUGCCGGAAGUUCGGUGCGCGUAUGGGCGCCUGUCGUUGUCGUUGAGAGCGAGAGGGAGAAGGUGUUGUUGUGUGCACGGUAUACAGUUGAUGAAGCCCCAGUGAAAUGA